AUUUUAUUCAUAACGGGCCUAACAGCUCCUUUCCACCGCUCGUUACUCCUUAACACUAACCACCGUUAGGAAUUCCGUCAUUGUCUUCGGUUCGGUAUCCAAUUAACAUCGAAUUGUGUGGACCCCGUAAAGUUUAUUCUCCACAAUCAAAUGAAUCUUCCGCAAUAGUUUCAAAUAGAGAGAAUUUCCUUGUUCCCUUUUUCUGCCUUUUCUUUUUAUUAUUCCUCCACUCCUCCCUUUAAAUGGCGAAGGAUGAAGCAGAAACAGAGCGGAAACGCAUAACGUACCACAGUAUUCUACUGACAAAGACCUUUGCUUUACUCAACUUCUUUCUCUCUCUAGGGUUGUUUGUAUAUGUAUAUAUAUACUCCCUUUCCCUUCCCUUGCCUAAUUGCCUUCAUUUUACGCUUCGUGUUUGCUCCUGGAGAUCUGAGCUCUUCGUUUUCUACCGUCGGUCUCUGUUAGCUCUCUUUGACAGUUUUCGGAAUUCAAAAGGCAGAAAUUUUUAGAAUGUCUUCUGUUGAGGCUUGUUCGAGUGCAUUGGUUGUAGAUCUUACAGUUGAUGAGCUUGCAGUUAUGACACCACCUAUUGAGACGCCAAAUAAUUCUCCUGCUUUUCGGAGGUCGGCACAUCCGCCUCUUAACGAAAGGAUACUCUCUUCCAUGAGCAGGAAAGCAGUUGCUGCCCAUCCCUGGCAUGACCUUGAGAUUGGACCUGGGGCUCCAAAAAUUUUUAACUGUGCAAGUUUAUUAAACUUCAUUUAGCUUAUUAUUUUUUUAAUGUAAAAAAUUGAGAAAGUAUCGAAUAUAAAGCUAUUUAUAGAUCUUGAAAAAGUGUUGUGUCUCAUUUUUACUUUUAGCUUGCGUAAAUAUCAUCUCAUUACCUGUUGUAUAAAAAAUUAUUAACUUAUGAUAGUAACGGUUAAGUUUUAUUACAUUCGAGAUCUGACUUGAGGAUAUCAUUUGACAUACACUCCAUUCUGUUUUGGAUUUGAAUAUAUAACUUUUGAGUGUUAAAAUAUGCGACUCUCCUAACUGAAUUCAAGCGAAAUGUUGUUUUUCACGUCACUCCUUAAAAUGUUUCCUUUCUCUAUUAUAUUUUGGCUGUUUUCAUCGCUUUUCUUUUUUCUUGCCAUAACUUCUUCUCCGUCCAUGUGAAGCGGUGCUUUAAAAUGUUCCAUCUAAUCUGUUUCACCAAUAUUUCCAUUUUGAGU